AUGCCGCAGUGUUGUUUUAGCAGUCGACCUCAUUGGCGGUAUUUUACUACCUAUAUUUUACGUCUGUAGUAAAGCCUAUUAAAAUUUGUUUCCCCAGAGAAAGUUAAAUUAAUAUACAUAUUGGUGAGAGUGUUCUUCUAGUCAAUUACAACAGUUUUGAUUAUUAUAAAUUAUGCCGGUGCCAAAUGAAAAAAUCGAGACUAAUAGUCAUAAAAAACAAAAACGAUGGUCAUUAAUUGGAAUUUUAUCAAAAAAAAAGAAAUUUAAAAAAAGUCAAGAGAGUGUAGACUUUUGCCCAUAUGAUGGGAAAAUAAAUCAAAAAGUGGCACGCAACGACCACUUAGAACGUUCUACUGACUGUCUUAUCGAGCAAUACACUUGUAGUCCCAGACUAAUAAGAAGAUGUAAUUCAUUACAGUACACAAAUCACAUGUCCACGUAUGAAGAUUUGAGCAGUCAAUCUACUAAAAACGAAUGGAAAACAUCACAACAAUCUGUGUAUAGCUCUAGCUCAAGUGCUUGUUAUAGUGAUAUCGGUGUAUAUAGAAGUUGUGGAAAUAGUAAUCAACCGUCACAUUAUAAUAAAGAAAAGAACGAUCAGACGUCUUCAGAUUUAAAAAAUGUACUGUCAAGGUGUUCGUCUGAUGUCGGAUAUUACCAAUACAAAACUAAUUACAGUAAAAAACAUCCUAAAUUUUCCGUAAAUUCAAACAAACUAGUUGGUAAGAAAAUUCCACCUCCUCCUCCGCCCAGAGAUCCUAAUAUUACAACAGUUUAUUAUUUUAGAAAUAAUAGACUCAUGUCACGAGAAUCGGAUUCGUCGUAUUUUUCACAGGGUUCUAAUGAUAAUAUUCCUGAUAAUGUGAAGACUUGCGUUAAUGAGAAGGAAUAUGAAAAUGAGUAUUAUACUAAAGAACCCGCGAGAAGUAGACGACCCAUUCAAAUCUGUGAUGUUGAGACCUUGUCGACAGAAUCUAAAAAUUCAGUACCAAAAAUGCAAACCGUUGAAGAAUCUCUUCAAGAACUGGAAGACAUGUAUAACAGUUUAGGACUAAGUGAUGAGGAUCUACUGGACAGAGCUGAACGGCGCGACCUUCCUACAGUACACCAAAACAUGCGAUUCCAGAGUUUUGAUGAACUGGAUUGUAUAACUGUUAAAAGAGUUUUGCCUAAAACCCGACGUUCAGGCGUUCCCGAUAUUAUAUCUGAUGAUAUGGCUUAUAGAAGGUUGAAUAAAAAAGAAUCAAAACGGCAAAGUUUUGUGUCGGGAAGUUUUCUCCUAGUUCUGCCGACAGUUUAUAAUCUCGAUAAAUUACCUAAACCGUCGUCCGGAGAGCCUGACAUAACACUCGAUGAUGUUGUUUUCAGAAGUCAACGACAACAUCUCAACUUCCUAAAAAUUUCUGAUCCGCAACCGCCGUUUGGAAUACCUCUAGGUCCUAUCGUGAGUGCCGCUGCUACUGAUUAUUUACAUGCGGUACCUGAAGGCCGGUAUAAACCUUCGUUCCAUCCUAGAAAAAUACCAGACACCGUUGAAGACGAUUUGGCAUUUCGUUCUCUUAGAAAAGACCAUAAAUUUAAAACAUGUAUUGACUUUUCGUUCAUUCAUAGGAAUAAAUUCAGAAUUGACGACCUGAUUCCAAAACUAGAUAAUAAUAGAAUAAAAAACGAUACACAUUGGAUAAUAAAAAAGAGAUCAUCCGAUUACAAUUAUAAUGAAAAAACCCAAGUUAAACUUUCACAUGACGAUUUGGUCAAUUCUAUCACAGCUGAUAACCAACAAAAUUUGAUGGUAGUCAAAAUAAAUCAUCAUAAACCAAUUAUGCUGACAGGAUUCACUUUUAGCGAAGCCAAUCAAUUAAGUAAGUCUAUUUUUUGCACGAACUUAUUACAGCAUGAGCCUCAUAAAUUAUGUUUAACGAAUGACACUUGUAUUACAAACGAUGCACCGCUGCUAAAAUUAAAAUUGAUUAGUCCAUUAUCGAAUGCUUUAAACAAACGGAACGUAAAUGGAACAUUACCCGUAACUCAAAUGUGCUCUAAAAGUUAUCACACUGAAAAUUAUGAUUCUGAGCAUCGAAAAUAUGUGGCUAAAAAAACACCUAGCGCGUCAAUGCAAUUCACAAAUUUAGAUUUGAUGACCAAAAGCAUUGACAAUAAAAAUCAAACGAAUUUCAGAGAGCUCAUCAAACGAGAGUACGCCCAUAGGUAUCUGCGAUCGACUGACAACCGAUCAAACGAUGAUUUUGUGGUGGUAGACAAUAAACAAGCACGAGACGAAAAUACUAGCUUCUGUGCUACAGCCAAACAACCGGCCAAUGUACUCUCCAUUAUCGCCGCCGAUCCGAAGACCGAAUACACAUACAUCCACAGCGACGGACCUACACCAGUGCCAGCCGUUACUUCUUCUGCGAGUACAUCCAAAAAUCGAACCGAUACUUCUAAUUAUGAACAAUCUCGAAAUGAUUUAUCAUCAUCGUCAUCAUCCCUAUCUACCGCUAGCGUACCUUCAACGGAGUAUCCAAACUGUAUGCCCAGUUAUCUGGAGGUGUGCUUAUACAUCAUAGUAUAUAUUUAUCAAUUAUUUAGUGUAAACGCGUACAGCACUUUUAUAGCGUUGAUCUUUCUCGUAGCUUUACAUCUGUGUAGACGCCUUUCAUGAAAUUAUAAUACGCUCUUGUACCUAAAUUAUUGUUGAAUUAAUAUUUAAGCUUUUUGUCGCUUUUUUUUAUUUAUUUAUUUACUACCAUUAUUAUUAUUAUUAUUACUAUUUAUUUAUUAUACCUAUAUAUAGGUGUUAGAAGUAAACCAAAUAUUUUUGUGUACGUACGGUACGUUUAGUCAGUUUCGUAAUAUAAUAACGCAAUGUACACGCUCGGAGAAAAUAAAAACUGCACAACGCAUA